GUUGCGCCGCGGGGGAUCCUCCUCGGCCACAAACAAAACCACCCUCGUCCUCCGCGCCUCUGCUAGCGAGUACUCCUACAUAGACUAGCCACGUCUCCCCCCAAAUCUUUUCGCACUUCCUUUCCCCUCCCUUUCACCCACUGAAUCACUCGAAGUCGUCGUCUCGUCCACGGCCCUGCUGCCUCGUGCGCUCCGGCAGCUUUGCCGGGGGUGGGUGGGGGAGCGCGCGCCAUGGGGAGGGCGCCGUGUUGCGACAAGAAGGGGCUCAAGAAGGGGCCGUGGACGCCGGAGGAGGACAAGCUCCUCGUCGACUACAUCCAGGCCAACGGCCACGGCAGCUGGCGCCUCCUCCCCAAGCUCGCAGGGCUGAACCGGUGCGGCAAGAGCUGCCGGCUGCGGUGGACGAACUACCUCCGGCCGGACAUCAAGCGCGGGCCCUUCACCGCCGAGGAGCAGAAGUCCAUCGUCCAGCUCCACGGCAUCGUCGGCAACAAGUGGUCCAUGAUCGCGGCGCAGCUGCCCGGCCGGACCGACAACGAGAUCAAGAACUAUUGGAACACUCACCUCAAGAAGCAGCUGCGCCGGAUGGGCCUCGACGAUCCGCCGCCCGGGCCGGCGGCGGGCUGCCCGGCGGCGCGUCACAUGGCGCAGUGGGAGACCGCGCGGCUCGAGGCCGAGGCGCGCCUCUCCCUCCUCUCCUCCUCCGGCGCCGCGGCGACGACGACGAUCACCGCCGCCACCACCACCACCUCCGCCUCGUCGUCCUCCACCACCGCGGGGCCCGUCGCCGCCGCCGCGACGUCACCCGCGGACGUGUUCCUCCGCCUCUGGAACUCCAGCAUCGGGGACUCCUUCCGCAAGCUAGCCGUGGUGGCGGCGGGGUCGUCGUCCCCUUCGCGGGCGGACGUCACGAAGGACGCUGUGAAGCAGGAGGAGGAGGCGGCGCCGGCCGGGGACGACUCGUCGGCGGCGUCCAACGAGGUGGAGGCGGCGACCAUGGCGGUGGACGAGUACCAGAUGUUCCUCGACUUCGCCGGCGAGGAGCUGGGCCUGUUCCACGGCCGGUACGGCGGCUUCUCGCUCUUCCCGCCGGUCGACUUGCUCGAGGCGUCGCUGGAGACGGCGUUCAAGUGACCCGUACGUCGACGACGACCUUGCUCGCCGCGCGCCAUGUACGACGUACUACGUACUCCGCAGCCGCAGCAGCAGCAUCAUGCCUCGACGUAGGAGUAUGUAUAUAAGCAAGUGUUCUGGGGCGUCCGGACAGUAGGCGCGUCCGUGUGAAGGGUAGGACACACGUACGAGACGUGGGAGAAAAUUUUGGGGAUCAAUUAGGGUUCUAAGGAUAAUCUGUAGCUUGGGGUUUAGGCAUGGGGGGAACAUCAUGGUGUGUAUUAGUAUUACGGCCUUUUGGAUGGCAUUCUCUGGGGGGCAAGGGGCUUACCGGAGAUGCUCUAAUACAUUCAAUGAUGUUCGAUCUUUCAGUGUUGGAUAUGGAGCUGGUUUUAUCUGUGUUGGUUGA